GGACUGCGGGCACCGAGCCGUCUGGCAGGACUGCGGGCACCGAGUCAACAGGUAUGACAGCGGGCACUGGGUCACCAGGCAUCAGAUCGUCUGGCUCGACAGCGGGCAUCGGGUCACCAGGUAUGACAGCGGGCACUGGGUCACCAGGCAUCAGAUCGUCUGGCUCGACAGCGGGCAUCGGUGUCACCAGGUAUGACAGCGGGCACUGGGUCACCAGGCAUCAGAUCGUCUGGCUCGACAGCGGGCAUCGGGUCACCAGGCAUCAGGUCAUUUAGCUCGCCAGCGGGCACCGCGUCAUUCUGGCUCGACAGCGGGCACCGGGUCAUCGGGUACCGGAUUGUCUGGCUCGACAGCGGGCACCGGGUCAUCAGGUACCGGAUUGUCUGGCUCGACAGCGGGCCACCGGGUCAUCAGGUACCGGAUUGUCUGGCUCGACAGCGGGCACCGGGUUCAUCAGGUACCGGAUUGUCUGGCUCGACAGCGGGCACCGGGUCAUCAGGUACCGGAUUGUCUGGCUCGACAGCGGGCACCGGGUCACCAGGCCUAAUAGGAUCGUCAGGCUGAGUACAGGCUUCAGGCUGAGUACAGGCUUCAGGCUGAGUACAGGCUU